AUGGCAGUGGUGGAGGAGCAGGAGGACAAUCUGGGCGACCUGCUGGCGCUGAUCAAGGAUGAAAGUGACAGCGAGGAGGAGGGGGAGGACGAGUGGUGGCUGGAGAGCGAGUCAGUGGAGGUGGAUGGCGAGGAGGGGCUGCUGCAGGGGGAGGGGGCAGUGCCACUCUCAACGUGGCGCUGGCGGGAGCCCAGGUGGGACGAGCACUAUGAGAGUGAUGGACUGGGCGAGACCAGUCCACGCCACCUGGGCACCCCUGGGGCGGGCGUGGUGCCAGUGACGGAUCUGGCAGAGCUGUUGGUGGUCGGCCGCCUGCAAGCUUGGGCAGCGGCGUGGGUCCAGAUUGGGGCAUCUGACCAGGUCCAUUCAUGGAUUGCCCACGGUGUGGCGUUUGAGUUGUGGGCCGAGGUCUUGGAGGACUGGCGCAUCUUCCUGGUGACCCCAGCGCAGCAGACCUGGCUGCUCACCGAGGUGGAACGCCUGGUCACCACAGGAGUGGUGGAGCUCAUGGGCAUUGGCCCAUCCAAACCCACUGGCAUUUGCUAUGUGUUGCCAGUGUUCUGCGUGCCGAAGAAGGGACCGAAAAAAUGGCGGCUGGUCAUUGACAUGCACCGCAUCAACUUGGGGAUAGCUGAGUGGAGGCACCUCCUGGUGGAGGAAGAGUUGCGCCAGCUGCUGGGCUUCUGGGUGGGCAACUGCUGGUUCCACUACCACGUCCUCCCCUUCGGCCUAUGA